GUUGUGACAUCUGUUAUAUUAUCCAGAGAAAAAUUGCCAUAUUUACGCGGUUUGAAAACAAAUUCGUUUUGUGAAAUAUAAACUUGUUUAGUUUUUGGUGGAAGGUUAUUCCAAUGUCGUCUGUGAAAGCUGCGAUUGAAGAAAUCCGAUGUUUUCGGAGCGUCCUGUAUUAUUAUCCUAUUUUAUAUGACAUGUUUAUCGAGCCAAGUUUCUCGAUUGAUUAAUGAUGCUCGCGCAUCGAAAAUUUCAUUCAGUCUAACAGCGAGAGGGUGGGUGGAUGGGUGGAGAACGCGAUGGCGCGAGCGAAGGGGGUAGAGAAGAGAGGAUCUACUUCGACGCAGGCCGGUUAGGGGCGCUACGCCCUCCCAACAUGGCUGUCGCGGUCUGAUACUCCGCGCGAGUCACCACGCAUCCGGGCGCCUGUGCCACGUCUGUUGCCAGGAAAACGCAGCGAUUCGCGCAAGCGGAAAAAUCACGCCACGAGAACAAAGAAAUUCGUCAAGCUGGCGCCGUUCAAGCUCCGUUUCUCGAAGAUGCUGAAAUCGCGCAGCUCCGGCGAUAGUCGCAGCAACAGCGUGGAAUCCGAGGAACAGCAACGGCAAAUUAAUCAGUCGUUACCGUCGGGCACAGACGAGUUUGCGGAUGUACCCGAAGCGGAAACGGACAAGAAUUGUUUGUCGGUUAGAAACGAGCAGCCGAUCCCCAGCUCGCCCCCGCCCUCGUACGAGCACGUUCUCGAAGAGACAAGAAUGGAAUCGUCGGCCAUCGCGCUACGAGAGGCGAAGGAGGGAGACAAGGAGAAGCAGGUCUCCAGUAACGAAAAGUGUACGGAGGUCACCGAAGACGGUGACGGAGGUGACGACGACAGUGGCGGUCCCGGGGGUGGGGACAGGAAAGCGACAAAAGGACCGAAGAUACUUCACAAAUCAAGCAAAGAGUUCUACAAGGCGAUGGCAAAGCAGUGGGGCAUAACUUGCAAAAUGAGCGAUCAUUGCAGAUGUUUGGAUUGCCAGAGCCAUUACUUCGACUGCGACUACGAAAAGGACGAGCAGGCGAAGGGUGACGGCGGCCUCAGCGCAGGCACGCCGAUGUUCAUCUCCGAGGUGAUGCACGGCACCGCCUGCGCCCUCCUGUAAGCCGCCACCGUUCUUCCGGUUCCGCUUCUUCCCCUCGGCGAGAAAGACGUCUACCUGAUUACCACACGCACAAAACGGGAAUCAGCGCCUAAAGAACGACGGAGGGAGCUUCGUGCAUUUAUAUUCUAUACAAGAUACGCAAUGGGCCUCGGUCAGAGACGUCUGCGCGUAUUUCAACGUAAGAAAAUAAAAAGGAAGCUAUACUCACGCGCGCGAUGAAAUGUAAAGGGCCUCGCGGACGCUUUUAAGGGCGCACGAAAGUGCGAGAUAAAUUAUUUUGAGAUUAGACUACUAAAACUGCGUAUAACAAGCAGAGUACAUCUGAGGACAACCAAUGUAUAAUUGCUCCGCCCUUACGCGAAGGGAAGGCAAGAGGCAAACUUUUGAUUUCUCUCCGCGUAGGAGUUGUCCACUUAUCGGACGUAAAGUAGAGUAGAGAAGAUGCGUUUGAACGAUGCAACAAUUUUGAACAAUUCGAAUAUGACGCCCCACCGUUUAAAAGAUUUUCAGUAUCUUUCUACGCGUGUUUGAAGAGCUGCCGCGAUAAGAACCUGAAGAAACAUAAAAACCCCGAAGCUGUCCAAGAACUGUUGAAAAAUUUUUCUAUCGCCGUGUAUACUCGAAUUGUUCAAAUAUGGCCUAACGUUCAAAUACAUCCUCAUCUCUCUUAUAGACUUAUUUUCUCAGCAUUCGAUGUAAUGUGUGUCGUACUACGCUGCAAAGAGCCACGUCGACUGGCACAACGUUUGCAAAAAUAUUUUGUGGCAACUUUGCGAAGUUUGCGACGCAAAUCAUCUGAUCUAACCGUGACCGGCGUUUAAAGACUAAACGUAGAAAGUCAUCGCCAUGCGCUUUGUUACUGUCAAUUGUACUACACUCGUUCCAAUUAGAGUUUUACGACAGAAUGACAGAGUUACGACAGACAUGGAGAAACGGAUGGAACGCUUCAAUCUGAUAUUCAACUCUCGUUUAUCUUUUAAACAAUUUAUUGACUAUGAAAUUUUCUCAAUGAUCAUGAUUUGGUUUUUACAAUAUAUCGAUAUUUCUCUUUUGAAUUUCAAGAUGUGAGGAAGUUGAUGGAAUAAUAUUUAAAUUUAUGCCAAACUCUUAACUUUAUUUAUUCAUCCGGCAUACGCUUUGGUGGAAGAGAAUGAAGGAAGAGAAUCUUGAUACCGGAAUAUGAAAAAUCUAAUAAAAUCCGCGUAUGUGCGCGCAGAAAGUUGAUGUUAUUUUAUUAUUGACGUGUGGGCUUCUCAUAUUCUCUAGUAAAAAGUCAAAUGAUAUAAAUCAUUUUAUGUUGAAAUUCUUUUUAAGCCAUCUUACGCAUUCAAAAUACGUCCGUGUAUUUUCGAUCCAUUAAUGAUCUCGUUGUGUAACGAUAAUUACAUUAACAGUUAUUAUAAAUUGUUUCAUACAGUAUGUAUGAUUUAGUUCUGCAUCGGAGAUAAUAAAAAAGCUGAAACGUA